AAUUUACCUCAUAAAACAAGUUUAAGUUUACUUAAGUCGUUUAAAUCAUGUUUGUUAAAUUAUUGUUAAUUUCUUACGUGUUUGGUGUGAUCGUAGUUGGAAUACCGACGCCUGCCGAAGAUGUCGACGAAGAUAACGCUCAGCAAGAGCACGAACCUAAUGCGGAAUACGGAUAUUCCUUUCACAAGUUCAGCGGACCUGUUAGUGGUGAAAUUAAGCCGAUUUAUGUGCCCGACGGUCAGGAAGGACAGAAACUCGAUUAUUAUGCAACGCCAGAUUAUAAUUAUUCCUAUGGUGUAAAAGAUCCUAAAACCGGAAAUACUCAGGAGCAUCAAGAGAGUAGGCAAGGGGAUGCUGUGAAGGGGCAGUAUAGUGUUGUACAGGCUGAUGGUGUGACUAGAGUGGUGAAAUAUACAGCGGAUCCAAAAAAUGGAUUUCAAGCCAUUGUUGAAUAUCAUUAAAUUUUAUAAUGGAUUAUAGUCAAUGCCAGUCAAAUAAAUAGUA